GGAGGGGCGUUGGAAGGUGGGGCUGGGCGGGCUGUCAGCGGGAGCGGCCGGAGGAAACGGCGGCGGUGGCGGGAGGCCAAAUACUUGACAGAGCCGCUUUCGCACUCCCAGGCAGCAGGGCCGAGUCGCAGGAGCUCCUUCAUCGCCUCGCUCCGCGCCCCCCGCAGCCAUGGAUCACCAGCCCAAGUUCUUCGAGAACCUCUCCGGCACCGGGAAAGCCAUCGGGGUGCUGACCAGCGGCGGCGAUGCCCAAGGUAUGAAUGCUGCUGUGCGUGCAGUGGUACGCAUGGGAAUAUAUGUGAAAGCCAAAGUUUAUUUCGUUUAUGAGGGUUACCAAGGAAUGGUUGAUGGCGGUGAUAAUAUUGUUGAAGUUUCUUGGGAAAGUGUAUCCAGUAUCCUGCAAGUGGGAGGUACAGUCAUUGGUAGUGCACGUUGCAAAUCCUUUCGUACCCGGGAGGGUCGCCUGCAGGCAGCCUGCAACUUGGUUAAGAGAGGAAUCACUAAUCUUUGUGUGAUUGGUGGAGAUGGUAGCUUAACUGGUGCCAAUCUGUUCCGUGAAGAAUGGAGUGGACUUCUAGAAGAACUAGCGCAGAAAGGAAAGAUUGAUGAAGAGGCUGUUAAGAAAUAUGCUUACCUUAACAUUGUGGGAAUGGUUGGGUCUAUAGACAAUGACUUCUGUGGCACUGAUAUGACCAUAGGAACUGACUCAGCCUUGCACAGAAUCAUUGAAGUUGUGGAUGCCAUCAUGACCACUGCACAAAGCCAUCAGAGGACAUUUGUUCUGGAGGUUAUGGGCAGACACUGUGGGUAUUUAGCUCUUGUCAGUGCCUUAGCUUGUGGUGCAGAUUGGGUAUUUAUUCCUGAAUACCCACCAGAAGAAGGAUGGGAGGAUUCAAUGUGUGUUAAGCUUUCAGAGAACCGUGCACGAAAGAAAAGGCUGAAUAUUAUUAUCGUAGCUGAAGGCGCUAUUGAUUGCCACAACAAACCUAUAACAUCAGAGAAGGUUAAGGAUCUUGUGGUUCAGCGGCUUGGAUUUGACACCCGAGUGACUAUCUUGGGUCAUGUGCAAAGAGGUGGAACUCCUUCAGCUUUUGAUAGAAUUUUGGCAAGCCGAAUGGGUGUGGAAGCUGUGCUUGCACUUUUAGAAGCUACUCCAGAUACUCCUGCCUGUGUUGUGUCUCUGUCUGGAAACCAAGCUGUCCGUCUGCCUUUGAUGGAGUGUGUGCAGAUGACUCAAGAAGUACAGAAAGCCAUGGAUGAAGGAAGAUUUGUUGAGGCUGUGAGGCUUCGUGGGAGGAGCUUUGAAAACAACCUUAACACCUACAAAUUACUGUCACAAAAAAAGCCAGAUGCCGAGCUUCCAAAGACCAAUUUUAAUGUGGCAGUUUUAAAUGUUGGUGCGCCUGCAGCUGGAAUGAAUGCUGCAGUGAGGGCUGCAGUGAGAGUUGGCAUAACUGAAGGCCAUAAAAUGUUUGCUGUCAUUGAUGGGUUUGAAGGUUUUGCUAGAGGGAAGAUCAAGGAAAUCAGCUGGGGAGAUGUUGGAGGCUGGACUGGUCAAGGAGGAUCAAUUCUUGGUACCAAACGUACUCUUCCUGCAAAAUAUUUGGAGAAGAUUGCUGACCAGAUGCGCACUAACAACAUUAAUGCUCUUAUGGUUAUUGGUGGAUUUGAGGCCUAUGAAAGUUGUCUGCAGCUACAUGAGGCACGUUCCUGCUUUGAGGAGUUUUGCGUACCUAUCUGUGUGUUGCCUGCUACUAUUAGCAACAAUGUGCCAGGCACAGACUUUAGCAUUGGUGCUGACACUGCCUUGAAUGCUAUUGUGGAGACUUGUGAUCGCAUCAAACAGUCAGCCAGUGGUACCAAACGUCGUGUAUUCAUCAUUGAGACCAUGGGUGGUUACUGUGGUUACCUGGCCAAUAUGGGAGCCCUUGCAGCAGGAGCUGAUGCUGCUUAUAUCUUCGAAGAACAGUUUGACAUUCGAGAGCUCCAGGCUAAUGUGGAACACUUGACUGAAAAGAUGAAAACCAGUAUCCAGCGUGGUUUAGUGCUGAGAAAUGAGAAUUGCAAUGAGAACUACACAACUGACUUCAUUUAUCAGCUGUAUUCCGAAGAAGGAAAAGGAGUGUUUGACUGUCGAAAAAAUGUUCUGGGCCACAUGCAGCAGGGUGGUGCACCUUCACCAUUUGACAGAAACUUUGGGACAAAAAUUUCUGCGAAAGCUAUGCAAUGGAUCUCCAAAAAACUGAAGGAAACCUACCGGAAAGAAGAAGGAAAAGUAUUUGCCAAUACUGAUGACUCUGUCUGUUUGCUGGGAAUGCGCAGACGCAACCUUGUUUUCCAACCAGUAGCUGAGCUGAAGAAUGAAACAGACUUUGUACAUAGGAUUCCCAUGGAGCAGUGGUGGCUGAAGCUGCGACCACUGAUGAAAAUCCUGGCCAAGUACAAGACCAGCUAUGAUGUUUCAGACUCGGGCCAGCUGGAGCAUGUCGCAAUGCACAGCCCAAAGGAAGCAGAAACCGGAGCCAUCUAAAAAGAUCAUUUUUAGGUUGUUGGCAUAGAUGCACAUUGUGAGUAACAAUGCUUUAGAAUCGUUACAGCUUUGUUUUGUAACAUUUAAGUUAUUGUACCAGCACUUUAUGUGAAACACGACAUUCACAUGUCACACAGAUUCUUUGUCCUGUAUUUGUGUUAUGUUUGAAACAAACCCUAGCCUCUAAAUGAAUAAACACCAUCUUACCGAUAAAGAGUGCAUAGAUCAGUGUUGCACUUACUAAAGAGUAAAAUGUUACUCACCCACUGCACUUUGUUCCAGAAUACUUACACCCAAAAAUAAGUGUAGAGGGCUAGCUUUGUGUUAAAGUUACAGGAUGUGCUUACUGUAUCUGAAGUGAAAUAAAGUACUGUUGCAAACAUCA